UGUAGCUAAGUUUAUUACUCGUUGAUGAUGGCGUGGCUUCUCCUUCUCGUCAUCACUCUCUUUUCUCUCUUUCUUUCACUCACAGAAAGUAUAAGCAUUGACUGUGGAACAACGGGAUCCUACGUGGACUCCAACAAUGUAACAUGGGUCGGAGAUAAUGGCUUCGUCACCACCGGCAAGCCCAUGAACAAUACGGACGUUGUCACAAAGCCAAUCAACACUCUCCGGUACUUCCCAACCGGUCAAACCAACUGCUACACCAACAUUCCGGUAACCAAAGGCCGGAAAAACCUCGUGAGGACGAAAUAUUACUACGAGAACUACGACGGGAAUUACUCGCCGCCAUCUUUUGACGUGAUUUACGAUGGAAAACACCGUGAUUCUAUUGAAAUUACUGAGUCAUCGGUCAACGACGAGGAGAGGUUCUAUUUCUCGGAGUUGAUAUUUGCUCCGGCGAAUGAGAAUAUCAGCGUUUGCUUCUUCCGUACGUCUCCGUCCCAUAACCCUUUUAUUUCUUCCAUUGAAGUUUACAGCUUCGAUACCGGCAUGUACGCCGAUCUUGGUCCCAACGAAGGUCUCAUUCUUCAAGAAAGAUAUACCUAUGGUGCUGAAGAGUCUAUAAGCUACCCGCUAGACCCUUAUGGUAGGCUAUGGUUACCGUCAGGUUCCGAAUACAGUCUCUCACUGACGGAUCUCAAGACCUCAGCUCCAUCAAUAGACAUCACCGGGGUCUCUAACAAGCCACCAGAGAUUGUUAUGUCAAAGGCAUUGUCAGGAGAUAGCUUAAUACUCUCCAACAUGGGUCUGAUCCCCUUAACCGGUCUACCGGUAUAUUUAGCUCUUUAUUUCUCUGAGCCUCAGAGUCUAGGUCGGACCCAGAGGCGGUCGUUCAACGUUUUUUUGGAUGACACAAAAGUGGGUUCACGUCCCAUCGUCCCGGUUUUUGGAAAAGCUACUCAAGUCAUUUUGAGAGAUGUAGUGGCCACCUCCGGAUCUCAGAUAGUCUUUCAGUCAACCGAUGAUUCGGUUCUGCCGCCCAUCAUCAAUGGUUUGGAGCUCUAUUCGAUAAGUAACAGCCGGGAUGGUGGAGGCGGAGGCGGAUCGAAACCACAAGCAAACAACGCAGUAGGAGGUGGGGCAAAAAACAAUGGAGGAAAGAAGAAGAAAAACAAAUUACCACUCAUUCUUGGUCUUACGUUCACCUUCGCGUUUGUAAUUUUCUCAUCAGCGGUUGGGGCAACUUUUUUGAGAAAGCGUCAAAUUGUGAAACUACAGUCUAACACAACACAAACCACGUCCGCAGGGAGUGGAUUAGGCACCGGGAUGUCGCCUCUAGUUGAACAACAAUUUGCCAGCGACGCAAAUGAUUCUUAUAUUGUUCAAGAUGAACGUCAUUGACAUGGACACUAAUUAUCGGCGAGCUAGAUUCAUGUGUUAUUAUCUUCCAUGUAUUUUCUUAUUUAUGAUUCUUUUUUAAUAAAUGAUAUUUAAUCUAUAUCCGACCAACAUUUGUUAUA